AGCUUUAGGAGGACGCAGAGUGCUAUAUAAAGACAGAGUCAUGAAGCAGCUGCCAUCAGACACUGUGCGGCUGCUGUCCAGCUCCCAGGUCAUCACUUCCGUUGGGAAUGUUGUGAAAGAACUUCUGGAAAACUCCCUGGAUGCUGGAGCUUCAAGCAUCGACGUGAAGCUGGAGAACUUUGGCUUGGACCGGAUAGAGGUACGGGACAACGGUGAUGGAAUCAAAGCUGCAGACGCUCCUGUGAUGGCUGUCAGACAUUUCACCUCAAAGAUCUGCAGCCACGAAGAUCUGGAGCGUCUGGAAACGUAUGGCUUCAGGGGGGAAGCGCUCGGAUCCAUCUGCGCCAUUGCUGAGGUGGCUGUUACCACAAAGACAGAGGAGGAUGACGUCAGCACCCAGUACACACUGGACUUUACAGGAGGCAUCGUUUCACAGAAGCCGUCUCAUUUAGGGCAAGGUACAACGGUGAGCGUGAUGAAGCUUUUCAAGAACCUUCCUGUAAGACGGCAGUACUACUCCUCUACAAGGAGGUGCAAGGAGGAACUGAGGAAGGUGCAGGACCUGCUGAUGGCCUACGCCGUCAUAAAACCGGAGCUCAGACUAACGCUGGUUCAUAAUAAGGUGGUCGUUUGGCAGAAAGCUAAGAUGGCCGACGUCAGGAGCGCCCUCCUCGCCGUGCUGGGGUCCAGUUCUGUGGCUCACCUGCUCCCGUGUCACCAGUGCCAGGAGCAGCCAGAGAUUGACUUGGACGGCUUCUUUCCGAAGCCCGGAGCUGAUUUCUUCUGUACAAGCUCAUCCACUCCUGAGAAAACGCUCGUAUUUGUCAAUAACCGACCCGUCCAGCAGAAGGAAAUCGUUAAGCUGCUGCGUCAGCGUUACUCGGCUCAGUAUUCAGACGACACGUCCCGACAUCGAUAUCCCAUCGUCCUCCUCAAAGUCACCGUCCCUCCGUCUUCGGUGGACGUAAACCUGACUCCGGACAAAACGCAGGUCCUUCUUCACAACAAGGAGGCUGUUUUGACUGCAGUCGAGGCUCUGCUGGUGUCUCUUUAUGGCUUCCGGUCCGGUUCUGACCCUCCAGCUGAGGAGACGUCUCCAUCCAGUCCUGUCCAGGCUGCCGCCACAAACCGAACUGACAGCGGUCUCACGGAGACGUCUCACUCCGCAGGAAGUGCUGACGUUUCUCUGGAGGCCUCAAACUGCAGCUCGUCUUCUUCUGUAGCUGACGACUGGAUCGUCGCUCGGAGUCCAGCUGAGCUGCAGCCGGACCUUCCUCUUCACGACCACGAAGCGACCACAGAAACCGCUUCCGAACGGCUCCAAGGCGCUGACGUCUCAGCUGCAGAAACGAGGAUGAAACGGAUAUCAGCUGAAGACUGGAGUCGAGGCACAGCUCUGACCGACCCCACAUCAGGAGAACCCCUGCAGCCCGUCCAGAUCCACCAACCCUCAAAGCGGUCAGACGAGUCCAGAAGCCCGGGUAAGAAGACGCUCAACGCCAUCACGGAGAAACGAGCGGCUCUGAUGGCCUACGACAUGAUCAGCAACCGCACCACAAGGGCGCCGCUGUCACCCGCCGCCCUGUUCGAGAAGGAGACCCGAGCCGAGGUCCUGAAGGAGAACCCUGCCGUGGGCCUGCAGGACAUCAGCGUCGCCGUCCAGGAGCGGUGGAAAAACCUGAAGGAGGAGGACAGAAAGAAGUACGAAGAGAGAGCACAAAGAAGCCUGGAACGCUACGACCAAAGGGCCAAGCUGGCCUCAGCUACGGGCCCCAAAGAGCCAGCUGAGACCUCGAGGACCAGAGUCCAGGGACAGAAGCGUAAGGUCCCUCCGUCCAACCAGCAGCUGCUGGACGAGCUCUUCUCUGCCCAGCGCCAGAAGAAGACCAAGACUCCUCCGGCGAAGACUUCCCGGCCCCUCCCAUGCAGCGUGGCGGCCCUUCGCCUCCAGCUUCGGCGCCUCUCGUCCCAGCAGGGUGCCGCAGCGCCGCGGGGCCUCCGCCUUAUAAACCGGCUGGGCUCUCAGAGCGCCUGGCUCGUUUUAUGCGGACGGAGGCUCAUGAUGUUAAACCCAUUUCGAGUGGAAGAAGCCUUGCUGGCGAAGAGACUGCUAGAGAAUAACAUUCUGCCCGCAGUGAGUCUGCAGAACCCACUCCAGUUGACAGCUGGAAAUCUUGGAGGAUCUGCAUAUGUUGAGACGUUGUGCAACAUGGAGAAACAAAAACCUGAUCUGAACGGAGGCGUCGUCUUUUCGGACCCCCGGCUCGUUGCCAACGGAUUUAAAAUCAAACUGACUGCAGACAGACAUCUGGAAGUGACAGCGAUGGCAGACUGCGUGCCUUUUCUCUGCGUGGAGGACCUCAGGGAGAUCCUGACCGCAGUUCUUCACAGGAAGGCCUCCGGCGUUCGAGAGUGCCGUCCGCUCAAAGUCACAAACUACCUACAGGCCGAGGCGGUUCGACUGGCCCGACAGCUGCCUACUAAUUUACCUCGGAAGGACGUGGAGGAAAUCGUUCAACAAAUGGACCGGCAGCUCGGUGAGCCCAACCGGACCUGCAUCCACGGACGACCGUUUCUCCACCAUCUAACUGACAUCCCCUCUACAGACCAGGAAGCAAAGGCUCUGUUCAGGCCUUUGGAGUUGUGACAAAAACUCAAUCUCGCUUCAUUUUCUCUUUA